AUGGAGGCGCCGGGCGGCCGCAGGCGGAGGCCGCGGGCGGGCGAGGCCCCGCGCGCGGAGCAGGCCUCGGGCUCGGGGCCCGGCGAGGCGGGGCGCGCGCGCGGCCGCGGCAGGAGGGCGGCGCGCCUGAGCCCCGAGGACGAGGAGCUGCUGUUCGACGCCUUCGACGCGUCCUUCAAGGACGACUUCGACGGGGUGCCCGUGUUCGUGCCCUUCCAGCGGCGGCGGCCCUACGAGUGCGGCGAGUGCGGCCGCGUCUUCAAGCACAAGACGGACCACGCGCGCCACCAGCGCGUGCACACGGGCGAGAAGCCCUUCGCCUGCGGCCAGUGCGGCAAGAGCUUCCGGCACAGCUCGGACGUCACCAAGCACCAGCGCGUGCACACGGGCGAGAAGCCCUUCGCCUGCGGCCAGUGCGGCAAGGCCUUCAACUGCGGCUCCAACCUGCUCAAGCACCAGAAGACGCACAGCGGCGAGCGGCCCUACCGCUGCGCCGACUGCGGCCGCGCCUUCGCCUACAGCUCCUGCCUCAUCCGGCACCGCAAGCGCCACCCGCGCAAGAAGCAGGACGGCCCGCCCGCUCCCGGCCUCGCCCCUCGGCCCUGAGGCGCCGCGUCCACGGAGGGCUCGGCCCUGC